AAGGACUCUCGAAUACCCGUCGGUUACUUGUCUAUUAUGUUUGAGUAAGAAAGCUGGUGGGCAGACUCAGCGUUGUAGCAAUCACCAGACCAGCUUUACCGGGCGAUCGUAAGCAAGGGUGUAUCCGCGGUGUCUAUCAGACUCGUGUGCCUCUCAGACCAGGACAUCUCCCUAACACAGAAACUAACAUGGAGAAACGUUAUAGUGUGUGUGUUUUAGUAAUCGUUGGCUGUAUUCUCGGAGUGACCGGCGAUUCGGCGUGUUCCCAAGGCAACAGGACAGCGGACCUCCAGAACUGUCUGGUGAAGAUUUUAGAACGGGCGGCGCGGAAGGAUCUUUUCUGGUUUGGCAGUCCAUAUCGUACACUGUGUCCUAAACCUGAGACACAAGUAAUUGGCUGUUCGAAUCCCUUCCCGGAAGUGGAGGACAGCAUCAUCAGCCGACUCUUCUCCUCAACCGGCAUCGACGCCAAUCUUGUUAAAAAGUACAUCAACGUUAACUUCACCUCUCCUGCCGGAAGCUACUCCGGCUGUGGACACACGUGGACAACGACUGAGAAAGAAUUUACGGUUGAUCCACUCUCGGACGAGGAACGCAGUCCUUGGGAGACCAGGAUUCAGCCAUCAAUCACGUGGGAUGCUGAGGCGGGAAAACUGUACACUCUGUUCGUGUAUGACGUGGGUAACAACAUCAAACACGGAGUGUUUGUGAACAUUGAGGGAGGUGAUCUGUCUAUUGCGGAGACUAUGCUGCCGUUCCAAGGUCCACGGAAUCCCUCGGGUAAAGCAAACGUGUACUCGUUUUUGUUAUUCGAGCAAGCUGGUCGCGUGAACGUGAGCGAUGAAUGGCGUACCAAAUUCUCCAAUAACAUGGCUCCUUAUAACCUGUCUGACGUAAGACGAGACUUCCAGCUAACAGGACCAGUGGGACUGAAUUGGUUCCUAGCACCAGCCGAUGGAUACUCCAUACAGAUCUUUCUGAAUUUCAGAAUCAUGAACAACUGUCCACUACUCUUCGAACGAGCAUUGUGGAAUGAAAACCGGUUUUUCGCCAAGAAGGAUAUGACACAUCUUCAAGCAACGUUAGAUGUUAGCUAUACCACCACUGCUUUAGACUUCGUGUCUUGUUGUACAGAGUACUCGUACAGUGCCAAGACCUUCAAGCCGAGCCCACUCGGGACCACUUUACAGCGAUGCGGUGACGUCAGAUCAUCACUGGCGCCCUCUGUCGAUAUCAUCAAGCGAGCAUAUUUGACGGAUGCCUUCACAUUUGACGGAACUUUACACUCACUAAUAAUGAUAGACCUUGACGUACCAAACCCCCUGGUAGGGACCGAAACAGAGCCACUACUACACUGGCAAAUCAUCAACAUUCCUAAUGGGACGGUGGAGCUAGGAGAGGUUGUACAAACAUACAGAGGUCCUGCCCCUCCCGACAACACCACACACACCUACUACUUCCUCCUGUACCAACAGAACAAACGUCUUAACGUGGCCGAUAUGACAAGAUAUGUCGGCACGGACUGCCCAGAGUCUGUGUCAGGACGGUGUUUAUUUAAUCUGGCUUUGUUUGUGCUCGAGACGUCAUCACCAACCAUUCCAAUAGCCGCCAACUGGAUACGUUCUGAGAACGACGAGUAUAUCCGGUAUACAAAUAUCCAGAACGGAGGCGACGAGGAAGAGGUCUGCGCAGGCGUAGAGGGUUAUGACAUUCCAUGUCCGGUAGAUCCGGUAAAUGGUGCUACGAAGUCCGCAAGUACAUGCAAUCUGCUUGUUGCUGCGUCAAUAAUUGUAAUCAGUAUUCUCAAUCGAGUACGAGGCACAGGUAUCUGUUAAUUGUUUUAACAGGUGUGAAAUGGGUGUUGUAUCUGAUAUAUGACACGAGUAUAAAGAAAUAAUCAUCUGAUUGGGCUGAUUUUUCUGAUAUAAGACAACGUUUUUUUCAGAAACGAUAAUUAAAUUUUCAAAUCUGAAAACAGGACUUCUAUUUAUUAAACAUUUUUUAAACGCCUGCUGAAUAUUAAUUUUAAACAAUAAAAAACUACAAAGAUUUUACGCCGCAGGUGCUAAUGGUCGAUACAUGUUGUGAAGAAUGUGAUGCGGCAUGUUGUAGUCAGACAACACAAUAAGAUACUGUGAUGUUUAUUCUUAUCAGUGUCACCAGUAAAGGUCAAGGAACGGGUCGAUAAAGCUCUAGUUAAUCAACUUAGUAAGAUGGAUGCUGAUGGUGUCAAUAACAUGGUUAAAGUAGGUUUAAUGAUUGUGAAAAAAGCGUGUGCAAUGCUGCUUGUCCCGUUUUAAACUUGGUAUACAUGUGAUGUAGAAGCAAGUUAGUUAUACAGAUCGUGUUUACUGGUACAUAUCUAUAAAUUAGGAUCGUUUUGGUGUUGAACUAGAUAUUAUCGUAAACCUGACGUGUAGUUGUAACCAUUGAUUGGAUCAAUGUAAAUAAUUCAGUCAUUAUCAUUGGUAAUAUUAUCAUAGUAAAAAAGCAUGUGUCUGGGUCUGAUUAUAAAGGACAUGAGUGAGAACAUAUCUAUAUAUCUAUAUAUAGUGGGACUGUUAUAACGAACGCCCAGACAAACCACAACCUCUGAUAUCAUUAUUCUCCAAAGUUUAUCAAACUAUGAUAAUAGAUAUAUUAUGACGCUAAUGCUCCCUUUAUUAAACUGUGUUUUACCUUUAUUCAGAUGUAAACAAUUUUGUCUUUUAUGAUCUUUACGAGAAUACUGUAUCGAGUCAGGGUAAUUUAUUAUAUACGUCUUUACGUUGUACGACUGAGAUAUGUUUUAGAAUUACUUAUUUGUAGCUCUGCUUCAAGUUACCACAUGAUAACAAGCUACGCAUACAAUAUGAUAUUUCUUAAAUGUGUAAUUCAAUGUAAUAGCUUUAGAAUAACAACUCAGACAAGGGGAUAACGUUAAAUACACGACGCAUAUAUAUUUAAACAUUCAAAAUAGUAUUUUGGAUGUAUCAUGUUAUAAAUACUUAAGCAUUGAUGUCAUGUUUUUUUUUUAGUUUCAUCGGGGUAUGAAACAAAUUUUGUUUGCAAACUGUAUGAAUCCGCGUAGCG